AUGCAAGAUGUCCUGUUGUCCGUUAUCUCUACGUGUGUGUACACUAGAAGGCACCCCGUUGGAUCAAAAGCAGCUGCAACCGCACGAGUAUUGUUGAUGUGGACGGCGGUCACUCAACAUGAGGUGAACCACUCCUCGUGUGUCGACCCCUUUCAUACAAAAGCCAAAAAAAAUUCCCUUGCAGAUUGCAUGACGUCACUGAGGCUGCUAGAGUUGAGAGUACCGGGUCAUGUGUUACUCGGGUCUCGCCCUUCGCUCCUGUGCCGAUGGGAAUUGGGCCCUGGAGACAUAUUGUAUUCGAUAAAAUGGUACAAGGACGGCAAAGAGUUCUUUCGACAUUUACCAAGGGACCGCGAGCCUCAUAGGAGAUUUUAUCUGCCGGGAGUUGAAGUUGAGAGUUCAGACGCGUUGGGGUCUAACCUGAGCCUGUCUGCUGUGACUCUGUUAACUGGGGGCCGGUAUCGCUGCGAAGUAUCCGGCGAGGGACCACUGUUCCCCACAGUUUCAGACCAUGCGGACAUGAUCGUAGUCGUUCUGCCAGAAUACGGCCCCGUCGUAUCGGGAUUUCGACCGCUGUAUCGGAUAGGCGAGCGAGUUCACGUGAACUGUACAUCGGGCCGGUCACAACCAGCCAUCCAGCUAACGUGGUACAUCAAUGGCGAACCGGCACCAUUCGGCACUGUCACGUCACCCAUAGUCUUGAAGGACCGCGAAGGUUUUUCGACUUCGAGUCUGAAGCUCGAUUUCAAAGUAACUAAGCGCCAUUUUCAAAAUGGCGGGCUAAAAGUCAAGUGUCUAGCGACAUUGGCUUCAGUCUAUUGGAGGAGCAACGAGGAGACCGCACGUGAAAUGAAAGCUGGAAUCCAGGACACUUUGAUAGUGAAAAAGUACAAUGCCACAAACACGAAAAGCAAUUGUGGCCACUCUAUUCAGACAUUUUAUGAGAUCAGUAGUAGAGGAGUGCGGGGUAGGGGCAGACUGGUGCACAACACAACACAAGUACAAUACGCUCGGAAUCAUAAAAACGCAGAUGCGAACGAAUUAUCAACUGGAUUAAUUAAAUCUGCUAAACGCACUGGACAGUUAAGCCUUUGCAACAGAGGUCUGGGUACAGUGCCCGAUAAUGUGUGGAAAAUUGACGAAUUGGUGUUGGAAGAGACAAAAGAAGUUGAUUUCUCCAGAUCUGAUAAUAGUAACUGGUGGAAUGCAGAGCCAUUGAAAACGCUUGACCUCAGUUCCAAUGUUAUAAAAACAAUUCCACCCGAUGUCAAGUUGCUGCAGCAACUAGUCACUCUCAAGCUUCACGAUAACGCAUUGGCUAGUUUACCGGUUGAAUUGGGCGAGUUAAAAAAUUUAGCUAACCUGAGUUUGGAUCGCAAUAAAUUAGUUGAACUACCGAAAGAAUUCUACAAGUUAACAGAGCUAAGAUGGCUUAGCAUAUCUUAUAAUGAACUUAAAAAAAUCGAACCUGAUUUUGGGGACCUUGUGAUGUUGACUUUUUUGGACCUUUCGCAUAACAAACUAACGGAGUUGCCUCCAGGUAUGGGAUAUUUAGUGAGAUUGGUGGAAUUAAAUUUGUCUUAUAAUGAGUUGGCAGAGCUUCCUCCAGAUAUUGUCAACCUUAGAGAACUUAGAAAACUGAAUGUGAGUAACAAUUGUUUAAAGAGAUUGCCAGCAAUGGGAGAGCUAAGAAAAAUGCAAAUUUUGGAUGUGAAUCACAAUGAUAUUGAAAAAUUGCCAGAUUUUUACGGAUGUACUGCUUUAAAAGAAAUAUAUAUAGCAAAUAAUUUUAUCCAGGAAAUUACAGAAGAGUUCUGUGAUCAAAUGCAACAUUUAAAUGUGUUAAAUAUUAGAGAUAAUAAAGUUGAGUUAUUACCAGAAAACAUAUCACUGCUGCAGAGACUGAAGAGGCUUGAUCUUACGAAUAAUAAUUUAAAUAAGUUACCAAGAAAUCUUGGUCUACUGUCACAACUUCAAAGUAUAAGCAUGGCUGGCAACAAGCUAUCAUCUGUAAGACAAGAUAUCAUCAGUGGUGGAACAGACAGAAUGAUGAAAUAUCUGAGGGACCGCAUUACAGAAGAAGUUGAGAGUGACUCUAAUAUUCUCCACAAUGAAUGGCCAGACAAGUUCACGUUGAAGAAGAGCCAAGCGCUGAUGCUGCCGGGGAAGGAAUUGACCUCGGUUCCCGACGAAGUGUUCGCCACAGCCGCCACAGUGGAGGUACACAUUGUGGACAUCUCGAAGAACAAAUUGAAAGAGGUGCCAAUAGGCAUAAUACGAAUCAAACAAACGCUGUCACAAUUGAUCCUGUCCAGUAACAUUAUUGAGAGCGUGCCGCGAGAAAUAAGCGAGUGCGCCCAUCUGCAGUUCCUCGACCUGGGCAAGAACUGCUUGUCCGAUCUGCCCAUGGAGUUUGGCAACUUGAAGAGCAUGAGGGAACUGGUGAUAUCGUGCAACAAAUUCACUAAGAUCCCACGCUGCGUGUACGAGAUGGAGAACCUGGAGAUACUCCUGGCCGCGGAGAACCAGGUGACCGAGAUCAACGUCUCCUCUGACGCGCUGGCCAAGCUGAGACGGCUGGCGGUCCUCGACCUGACCAACAACAGCAUCGUAACUGUGCCCCCCGAGUUGGGCCACUUCACGAACCUGAGGUCGCUGGAGCUAAUGGGGAAUUGCUUCCGUCAACCGAGGCACGCAAUCCUAGCCAAGGGCACAGCCAGCCUGUUGUCCUACCUGAGGGAUCGUAUUCCCACC